UUGACCAUUGCAUCAAAUAUGUUGCUCAUCUUCUUCCUCUUGGUUUUUCCUCUUUUCCUCUUUCUAAUUAUGGCCUUCCCUUGAUUAGAAACUUACACUAGCUUGACAACUCCACUCUUCACAUUUAUCUUUGGCAACUCUUUCAAAAGUAUGGUUCUCUCAUAUCCCUUCGGCUUGGUUUUCAGAAAACCAUAGUAGUUUCUUCAGAAAAAAUGGCUAAAGAGGUUAAGAAAGCCCAUGACAUCGACUUCUGUAGUAAACUUGCUUUGCUUAGCUAACAAAAGCUAUCCUACAACGGUUUAGAUUUGGCUUUUUUGCCAUUUAAUUCUUAUUACAAAGAGAUCAAGAAAAUAAGUUCCUUGCAUCUUUUUAGCCCUAACAGGGUUGAACUCUUUCAUCCCAAAGAAGAUGAAGUUUCUCAAAUGAUUGACAAGAUAUCGAAAUCAUCUGAUGCUUCCAAACCCAUCAAUCUUAGUGAAGUCAUGACGUGUCUUACAAGUUCCAUCAUCUGUAGAGUUGGUUUUGGAAAAAGAUAUGAAGAUGAAGGAAGUGAAAUUAGUAACUUCUAUGGAUUACUUAGCGAAACUCAGGCGAUGUUUACAAGCUUGUUUGUCUCUGACUACUUUCCUUCAACGAGGUGCAUGGGUAGAUAGACUCACUAGAAUGUUGUCUCGCCUUGAGAAUGUUUUCAAAGAAUUAGAUGCUUUCUAUCAACAACUCAUCGAUGAUCAUCUUGAUCCAAAGAGACAGAAACCAGAACAAGAAGAUAUAAUUCCAGUUUGAGUAGAAAGUACUUUUGAGUUAUGUAAAUGAAUUAAUAGCCAUCUUUAUCUGCUCGCCGUCUCUGUUUGUUCGACACUAGAAGAGGGGCUCCUCUUCGAGAAUUGAACUUUUUAACUUCAAUUCUUGCUGUUCGUUUAAAUAAGAAAAGGUAAAUCCCUUUAUUUAGUUGUAGCAAAAAGGGUCUAAUGGCUCAUCUUGUUUGAUAAUUGGCAUUGUGUUACAUCUUCUUUAUUCCUUUACGUCUGGUUAUGGACCUUAUGGUUUUUGUUCUUAAUGAUACUAUUUUGAUUUCUAUACUCACUUUUUAAGCUGUUUUUUUUACUACAAGAACACUUGGCUUUGGAUUUGAAUACACCAAUAAUCUAUAU